AUAAAACAUUUCUUUCAUCUGAGAAAAGAAAUGUUUUGAUAUUUCAUAUGUUUAUCAUUGAGAAUUUAGCUGAUUGACCAUGAAGAUCGUUCAGUUGGUAAUUUUGUUCAUCAUUAGUGAUCGUAUUAUUGGUCAAGAAAUUCCAAAAGUGAAUCCAUUCAGUCCAUUUAUCAAACCAGUGAUCGGAGGAAAAACAUCAUUCACUUGUCAAAGUCUCUUUGGAUCUGCACCUCUUUCAAUUACAUGGGUUAAAGAUGGACAAGAGAUUUCUGAUUCAUCGGAAAUACGAAUUCGAAACAUUGAAGAUUCAUCAAUGUUAAUUAUCGAUUCAAUUAAAUCAAGUCAUUCGGGAAACUAUUCAUGUCGAAUCUCAAAUAGAUAUGGUUCUGAUUCAUACUCUUCAGAGUUACUUGUUGAAGGACCACCAAGUUGGAUUGAGAAACCUCAUGAUGUGAAGAUUCAUAUUGGGGAAACAAUUGAAAUUAAAUGUUCAACUGCAGGUUAUCCUAAACCAAGAAUAAAUUGGAAAAAAUUGAAAGGUUCAUCUUGGACAUCUCUUGAUUCAUCGGAUUUAUUUAAACGAAUUGACGACAAUCAGCUUAGCAUAGUAAAUGCGAGUCCAAAACACUCAGGAAAAUAUGGUUGCUUAGUAUCAAAUUCAAUCGAACCAAAUCUUUGGAGCGAAUUCAAUAUUGCGAUUGAUGUUUUCCCUGCUAAAUUCAAGGAGAAAAAAUCAUAUGUUUCAGCUAAACGAGACACUUCCCUCGAACUUGAAUGUUCAGCUGAAGGAGAUAAGCCUAUUACUAUUCGAUGGUCUAAAGAUUCAGUUAUACUGAACAAGGUUGAUUAUCAACGUCACACAAUUUUGGACACUCCAACAACCGAAGGGCUCAAAAGUACUUUAACCAUUAGAUCAGCUGAUCUGGUUGAUGAUGGAUCGUAUUUGUGUUUAGCUGAAAAUGAAUUUGGUAAAGAUGAGAGAAACAUUCGAGUUACUAUUAUUGAAGCUCCACCUGCACCUCAGAACUUGAUGAUUCGCCAAGCUUGGUCUCGAAGUGUAAGCCUUAACUGGGCAGCCCCGUCGUCCAAUGCUUCACCCAUUUUAGGGUAUAUUGUCCGUUACUGGAAAAUCACUGGCCCGGGAGGCAAUGAAAGGCUCAGAGAAAUCAAUGUUACCUCAUCGAUGAACAAUGUUCUCAUCAAUGGUUUAGAACCUGGUUCUUUCUAUGAAGCGGAAAUUAUCGCUCUCAAUGAGGUCGGAAUCGGUCAACCCUCUCGAACCAUUAAAUUUGAAACAGGGGAAGAGGAACCAACCGGAGCUCCAGUUGAUUUGCAAGCUAUUGCUCGUGGACCAACUACUAUUCGAGUCUCAUGGAAACCACCGUCUCGAGAUAAAUGGAACGGCAAAAUUUUGGGCUAUUAUGUUGGCUAUCGACGAGCGGGUGACUUCAAGACACCGCACUCUCUGAAAACGAUUGAUGCUGCUUCUCACAACCACACUUAUGAAUAUUUGCUAACCUCAUUGGUCAAGGGAACUACUUAUGCGAUCACAGUCAAAGCUUAUAAUUCAGCUGGAAGUGGACCUGAGUAUCAGGAAAUCUUGGCUGAAACCCUUUUGGGCAAUGUUCCGCCCUCACCUCGAUUUAAAGUCCUAUCGACAACACCAGACAGUCUUAGUUUGAAAUACAAUGUUGCUCCUGGAACGGCUUCUGUUCAAUUGAUUCAAUUACAUUUCAAAGAAUUUGAUGAACCCGACUGGAAGGAAUUAGCAUUAACCUAUGAUGGUAAAGAGGUCAAUGAAUACACUUUGACCUCACUUAAUCCAUCGACAAUUUAUAAGCUCUACAUUACUGCUUCAAAUGAACAUGGCAUCAGUGAUCCGAGUCAAAUAAUAACCUCUAAAACUGGUCGAUCUCUUAAUGAUUUAACAUUCUCAGGUUCAUCUUAUGAUUCGACCUCACUUUUAGGAGGUGCUGGUCCAGUUCAUGGGUCAAUGUCAUCAUCUUUUGGUGCUAUGGUUUAUUUUCCCGCUAUCACCAUCAGUGUUGCCUCGAUCAUUAUUGUUAUUGUUAUUGCUUUUGUCUUUGUGAAAAAGGCUCGACUUGAAGCCGUGGCCAAGACAAACUUUGAAUUUUGUCAAGCAUCUCAAGCAGGAACUUUGGCUUACAAUCGAUCCACUGGAACCACUUUUGGAACAGUUCAGCGAUUCGUCGAUCAUGAUAAGACAAUGUCUCUAGUUGCCGCUGGACCUUUCGAAGAUUCUUUCAAUGGUCAACUUCCGACUGCUUACUCGAAAAUACCAGUUGGUACAGAAAAACGUAAUUCUACUCUCGGAGAUGCUCGACACUUCUACGAUUAUCCUCAAUAGAUCGAAAAUUUAUCUUGCUCAUCAAUUCGAUUUCGUAUCCUUGUCAAUUAUCAAUUUACUCUCCAUUUCUAGGCUAGAAAUUUCUUAUUAAUUAACUAAGCACUUUUGCCAUUUUAAUCAACCUGAAGUAAUCAAGUCUCACUCUAUUCAUGUCAGUAUUUAUAUCAUUUUAUUAUGUUGAUAAUUUUGAACAUCGAUAUGACUUUUUGAUUGUCAAUGAUGUUUGUUUUCUUCAAUGAUUGAUAAUUUAAUUCCGACUUUUAAACUCAA